CCAGCUGGCAGCAAGCCCCUCCCCUUGGGGGCGGGGCCUAUCGGAAGCCUCCCUGUCAAAAGGGGACCCUCAACAGCCAGAGCAGCGCAGAGAUCGGCUGGCUGGUACGUUGGACGCACAGCAGGCAUUUUGCAAAAGUUUCUUUCUCGACCCGAGAGAAGAGGAAAACUCCAGGCAUGGCAUCCGAGCAGAGUGAAAAACUUUAUAGCGGGAGGCUCACGGGCAGCUUGGACCCCAUGAUGGAGAAGCUGAACUCCUCCAUAGAGGUGGACCAACGCCUGUCGGAAGUCGACGUCCGCGGGAGCAUAGCUUACGCCAAGGCCUUGGAGAAGGCGGGGAUCCUAUCCAAAGCCGAGCUGGAGAAGAUCAUCAGCGGGCUAGAGAAGAUCUCUGACGAGAUUUCCAAGGGCACCUUGGUGAUCAGCAAGUCGGACGAAGACAUCCACACUACCAUCGAACGCAGGCUCAAGGAGCUGAUUGGGGAUGUGGCUGGGAAACUUCACACCGGACGGAGCAGGAAUGAUCAAGUUGUGACCGACUUGAGGCUGCUCAUGAAGAGCUCGCUCACGAUGCUCUCCUCUCACCUGCAGCAGCUCAUCCGCACUCUGGUGGAACGCGCUUCCGCCGAAAUUGAGGUGAUCCUUCCCGGGUACACCCACCUGCAAAGAGCUCAGCCAAUCAGAUGGAGUCAUCUUCUGCUCAGCCAUGCAGUGGCUUUGACCCGGGAUUUGGAGCGUCUCUCAGAAAUAAAGAAGAGGAUCAGCGUCCUGCCUUUGGGAAGUGGGGCUCUGGCCGGCAACCCCCUGGGCCUGGAUCGCGAACUGAUCCGUAAAGAACUGGACUUCAUCUCCAUCAGCAUCAACAGCAUUGAUGCGGUUAGCGACCGUGACUUUGUGGUGGAGUUCCUUUCCACCUCUUCCCUGAUCAUGAUCCACCUGAGUCGCCUGGCCGAAGAUCUGAUCCUCUUCGCCACCACGGAGUUUGGAUUCAUCACUCUCUCCGAUGCGUUCUGCACCGGGAGCAGCCUGAUGCCCCAGAAGAAGAAUCCGGACAGCCUCGAAUUGAUCCGCAGCAAGGCUGGUCGUGUGGUGGGAAGGACUACUGGAAUGCUCAUCGUUCUGAAGGGUCUCCCCAGUGCCUAUAACAAGGAUCUGCAGGAGGACAAGGAGGCCGUGAUUGAUGUCAUCGACACCCUGAGUACCGUGCUCCAGGUGACCACCGGUGUGAUCUCGACUCUCCAGAUCAACAAGGAAGUGAUGGAGAAAGCCCUGAGCCCUGAGAUGCUGGCUACGGACCUGGCCAACUACCUGGUCCGCAAAGGGAUGCCGUUCAGACAAGCUCACACUGCCGUCGGAAAGGCAGUCCAUUUAGCUGAGAGCAAGGGAGUGACCCUCAACCAUCUCUCCGUGGAGGACCUGAAGACCAUUACCCCUGUGAUCGGAAGCGACGUGGCCCAGGUGUUCAACCACCAGAGCAGCGUGGAGCAGUACACCUCGCCCGGAGGCACGGCCAAGAGCAGCGUGACCGCCCAGAUCGAGCAGAUCAAGGAGCUGCUGAAGAAGCAGAAAGAAUAAGCUCCGCGUGUGGGAAGGGAGAGGACCGAUCCCAUCGCUGCGGGUUUCUGCUGACCCCAUUUAAUCCCGAGUUAAUAAACUGCAGUGGUGCAUUGGAUUUCACUGAG